CUGUCGGGGCCCAGGUGCGAGAGCCCAGGUGCGCACGGCGCCGGCUGCAGCUUCGCUCGACACCCGACAGCGGGCGCCGCUGUGGCAGCUCCCGAGCGGCGGAGCUGAGCACCUUCGCGACUUGGGGCAGUUCCUGCGCUCGGCCUUGCUCGGCGGCGAGAGCUCCUCCCGGGCGCCGGAUUCCCGAAGCUGCGGGAGCAGGCGGGCGGGCGCCGAGGGGGCGGACCGAGCUCUACGGACCCCGCCGGCCUGGGGCGACAGAGGCGGGCGAGCGGGGAGCGCCCAGGAGCGCGGAGAGCGGGGCCAUCCCCAGCGCGCUGGAGACACCCGACCGACCUGCGCCCUUGACACCAUGCGACCCACCGCGCCUCCGCGCCGGCUUCGGGCUUCGCGGUCCGCUCGCUGAGACCCCGCGCUCUCCACCGCGGAAACUCGGGAAGACCAGGCGAGACGUUGGAGAGCCGCGCGGAGACUAACCCAGGCGUCCUCUCCGCCCCCAAGAAGCUGCCGGCCCCUUGAUCCCUGGACUCCUCUAGCUUUACCAUGAACCUGGCGCAAGCUUGUCUUUAGGAGAAAUUCAGAAACCGGAGGGGGAGUCAACGCAAUUCUUUGGUUGCUAAGUGUGAGUGAAGACACCCAGGAUGGCUCAGGGAUCCGGGGAUCAAAGAACAGUGGGGAUUGCAGACCCAGAGGAGAGUUCUCCAAAUAUGAUAGUCUACCGCAAAAUUGAAGACAUCAUUACAAAGAUGCAAGAUGACAAGACAGGUGGUGUGCCUAUCAGAACAGUCAAGAGCUUUCUCUCCAAGAUCCCCAGUGUUGUCACAGGUACUGACAUUGUGCAGUGGCUUAUGAAGAACCUCUCCAUUGAGGACCCAGUUGAAGCAAUACACUUGGGAAGCCUCGUGGCUGCCCAGGGCUACGUCUUCCCAAUCUCGGACCACGUUCUCACCAUGAAGGACGAUGGCACCUUUUAUCGUUUCCAGGCCCCAUACUUCUGGCCUUCGAACUGCUGGGAGCCUGAAAACACUGACUACGCCAUCUACCUCUGUAAGAGGACAAUGCAGAAUAAAGCAAGGCUGGAACUGGCGGAUUAUGAAGCAGAAAACUUAGCAAGACUCCAGAGGGCCUUUGCAAGGAAGUGGGAAUUCAUCUUUAUGCAAGCAGAAGCACAAGUAAAGAUUGAUCGGAAAAAGGACAAGACGGAGAGGAAAAUUUUGGAUAGUCAAGAACGAGCCUUUUGGGACGUCCACAGGCCAGUGCCAGGCUGUGUGAACACAACAGAAAUGGAUAUCAGAAAAUGUCGACGUUUGAAGAACCCGCAAAAGGUUAAAAAGUCAGUGUACGGCGUGACUGAAGAAUCCCAGUCGCAAAGCCCAGUGCACGUCCCCAGUCAGCCAAUCAGGAAAACUACAAAAGAGGACAUCCGGAAACAGAUAAAAUUUUUGAAUGCACAGAUUGACAGGCAUCGUUUAAAAAUGUCCAAAGUGGCUGAAAGCUUAAUUGCUUACACAGAACAGUAUGUGGAAUAUGACCCUUUGGUCACACCAGCUGAGCCGUCCAAUCCCUGGAUCAGUGACGAUAUUGCUUUAUGGGACAUAGAGAUGAGCAAAGAGCCCAGCCAGCACCGAGUAAAGAGAUGGGGCUUCUCUUUCGACGAGAUAUUGAAGGACCAGGUGGGGCGGGACCAGUUUCUACGAUUUCUGGAGUCGGAAUUCAGUUCCGAAAACCUCAGGUUCUGGUUGGCUGUCCAAGAUCUCAAGAAACAACCCCUACAAGAUGUGGCCAAGAGGGUGGAAGAAAUCUGGCAAGAGUUUCUGGCCCCCGGAGCCCCAAGUGCAAUCAAUCUGGAUUCUCACAGCUACGAGAUAACCAGUCAAAACGUCAAAGAUGGAGGGAGAUACACAUUCGAAGAUGCCCAGGAGCACAUCUACAAGCUGAUGAAGAGCGACAGCUAUGCCCGCUUCCUCCGGUCAAAUGCUUACCAGGACUUGCUGCUCGCCAGGAAGAAGCCAGAAAGUGAGCAAGGUCGUAGAACUUCCUUAGAAAAGUUCACUCGCAGUGUGGGAAAGUCGCUGGCGGGCAAGCGCCUCACCGGCCUGAUGCAGUCCUCCUGACAGUGCCCCCCGCAGGGCCCGGGCCCGAGGACCACGCGGGCAGCCGGCCGCGCUCCACAUCUGCAGACAGAGCUUCCCUGCGGGGAGAUUUGGUCACUGUGAAAGAGAAAGAGUGAGGGCCGUGAUGGGCGACGGUGGGGAGAUGCGGUGGGUGAUCCAGAGGGAGGCCAGAAGGCGAGUCCACGGAGCCUGGGGUCAGCCAGGUAGAGGCCCCUGUUUACAACCCUCUCUUCCUUGUAUAGUCGUGUGCCGACACCCCGCUCUCUAGGGGGUCCCGGCCCCUAACACGUUCAGGGCAGAGCACCCGGUGGGACGCCCGUUGUGACUGUCAGCUGAGGUUAGAUUCUGACUGUCAUCACUCCUCCCGCCGUCCGGGGAUCACGCCUUCCAGCAAACUCAAGAGGACCCCUGGCCCUGAGCACAUCCAGUAGUACACCCCACCGCCUCUCUGGUGCACCCACGGCACCCCCCUUGUUACACCACUGUGUCCCGACCACCUCCCGCCUCCCGCCUCCCCCAUCUCUGCGGCCGCUGCGUGCAAGGACCCGGGGCCAGGCUGCCCUCACGCCACGCGCCCCAAUCACAUCGUCAGCACUGAGCCAUCUCCUGCACUGCAGCACCUCAAGUUCUUCCAACCCCCUCGGAGGCCACCUUUCAAGGAGGUCUCCACAGGCGUUGGCGGCUGCCCUCUAAUCCUUCCACACGUCUCGAGGGUCCAACACCAGAGGAAGCACUGGUGUUGAUGAAAGAGCUUGUGGUUUAACAGCCGUGAAGGUUCUGACCAUCUUUUACAUGUUUUAUUAUUUCGUAAUUUAUUCUGCUGUGGCCCCUUGCUCCUUGGUGUGUCCCCGCGUGUCUUACUCAAAAUAAACGCAGCGGUGAACUCGGGGGCCAUUGGGAUCCUCCCCUCCGGCAGCUCCAGGUGGGAGCUGGGAGGGUCCCAGAUGGAGGGGCUGGGCCCCAGGCUGGCAGUCCCAGGCGUGGCUGGGCCCCUGCGGCCAGGUCUCAGUUGUGUCUGAAGCUGGGGCGGAAUCUGUGCCCAGAGCGAGGCCAGGGCCCAGUGGUCCUCUGAUGACCCAGCAAAGGCUUUGCCCUCCACAAUGCCAAUCAUCACAGGGCAACGCCAGCACAGAGCUCAACCUGCAAAUGACCAUCCGCCCACCUGGCUGUGAGGGAGUGAUACGGGGCACCGAGUCGGGUGCCUGGCACGUAGUAGGUGUUUUGCAAAUGGUAGCUGUUAGGCUCAUUGUUGUCGCUGUCAUCGUUGUGACUCCCACGAGCCCUCCGAGAGAGCGGUAUAAGCAAUGUGCUUUUGAAUUCAGACACUCACCCCCGCCUCCACACCUGCUAUGACCAUCCUCCUUUGAUCUAUUCUGGCCGGAGGUGAAAAGUCUCCCCUGGGAGUGUAUAAACAGCAAACACAGAAGCAAAGCAGCAAUCAGUAUUUCUAUACUUGUGUGGGCAACUUCACCAGCCGGUGAGGCUCAUAAGCUUGUCUGCAGACGCUGAUUCCUGGGUGCUCCCCCAGGACCAUCUUUCCAAGCCCACCUUCGUGCCCUGUCCCCGGGGCACCAGCUUCCAUCCCUCCCAGCGGGGCCACCGAGGGCAUGAGGAGUCGUGAUUACAGUUGCACCGUGGUGGGUUCUUGACCCCUGCACCUCAAUUUCCCCCAUGGCAGUGUUUGCUCUCCCUUCUCGGUACAGUGGAAAUUAGAGACAUUAUGCUGAGUCCUCGGAGUGCCUCCAAAGGGGGGGCUGUAGACCCAGAUCCUGGGCAGACACUCCCUCCCCCUCAUGCCACACAACCUGGGCUCAGAACCUGGCACCUGGCAGACAGCUGGCCACUGCUUGAUGAGUAAAUGAGUUUGGUGAAGCCCGCUCCCAUAGUGUGGGGUCUUCUGACCCCUCCUCUUCUCGUCCCAUCCUUUUUUUGUCCCCUUGCUUUUCACACAGACCUCUUGUUUCAGAACAAAAUUCCCGAUCGUGUUCCUCUGCACCCAGCAUUGCCCAGAGGAAGCUAUUCCCUGCCGAGGUGCCCAGGCUAUGCUGACACUGACACACAGGGUAGGUGGGCAAAGGCAGUUCUAGAACAGCAGGUGCCUCUGUGCCCUCAGUUAUCGAGAGCAAGGGGCUGGCUGCCUCCUGUCCUUCCUUUUGACUGCAGCCGGGGCAGGGGUAGUCUCCCUGGCCAGGACUUCUGUGUCCCCCUGGCUGCAGCUCCUGAGGCUUGACCCACCUUGGAGGUCCCCAGAAGGCCCACUCAGAGCCAGAUGGACUGCAGCCCUGAGAUGGAGCAGGAUGAAGGCUUCCAGACACCUCUGGGGACAUCCAGCCGGCUCGACAGACAUAAGGGCGCUUCAAAUGGAUUCAAACCCAGAGCAAUAACCCGCCUUGUCCCGCCUCCCAACUAAGGCGUGUUCGGUCUUGUGACUGCCACCACGUACCCCCCAGCAGAUCACACCCAGAAAUGGGGGGUAGAACAGGAUUGCUCCACACAAGCGGGCUAGUCCAAGGUCAGUCUACCAUGCAGACCUUAGAAUGCAAGUACAUUUGGAAAAUCUGGUCUCGGCCAGUUCCCCCAUUGGCCUGGUGGACACAGCCAAAAAUUCAGACCAGAUUAGACUUUCGAAGGCAAUUCUGUAGCGAAAUAAACUGCUUUUUUGCCCUGUCCUGCCUUAGCUCCCCUGACUGGGCAUGGUCUCUGGGUCUGGGAUUCUUCCCAAUAAGGAUGCACAGGGCAAAUACCAUGUUGGCAGCCCCCCAGCCAAAGCAUCAGGGCAGUCUCAGAAGUGACCACCCACCCAUCAGGGCAGACACACAGGCACCAGGCAUUGGGCAUCUGACCGCCAUAGACUUUGCCUACAUGGGAAGAGUAAGGCUUGUAGGUUGGCACAUGUGAGUGCCCAGCAGCAGCCAGAGAGCCUGGCCAGAGCAGCAGGGGCUCUCUGGGCUGGAGAGAGGGCUCCUGCCCUUCCAGGAAGGGACACUCUGGGUUGCUGUGCCCCAGGAAUGCAGCAGGGUCUAGCCCACCGGUGCAGUCAGCUGCGUCGUGCUCAAGACCAACCCCUGCCCAGGGGUCAGGUACAGGCCAGCACCCAGGAGGGACCUCUCACCACCCUGAGUCGCUUCUUAGACCAGUGAACACAUGGAGACGUGCUCCAGGGGCUUUCCCUGUAGUAGGGUCCCUGUUGUGUUCAAACUACCUCACCAGCAGGGCAUGAAGCAGCAGCCUGCCACCCAUCCAGCUCCUUGGCUAGUUGUAGAAGUUGAUGUUUUUCUAAAAAUGCACCCCUCGCAUUAUGCUCCAAGUGCAUGGGCUUCAAAAACCGCCACUAGCAAGCUUUCCCAGCAGCUGGAAAGAGUUGAGGGCUGUUGGUCUUUGGGCCUUGCAGAACAUAGUGAAGGGAGGUGUUCCAGCAAAGUCCAGGAGCUGGAAGGUCCUGAGGGGGAAGAUGACAUGCCACCAGCCUCCAAAAGGGCCGUCUGAGCUGAGUACGUAGCCAGGACCGUGUGUGGCACAGUCAAAAAGUGGCCCAAUGGAUCCCGAGAACUCACCUCAGGACCCUCUGAAGAGAGGUCUGUGUUCGUGUAACCGUGGCAAUGGCAGACGCCAGCAGCCUACUCCUUAGCACCACCCCCUGAUAAGGCAUCCCCUGGGCACAGCCCAGGGGCCAUAAAGUAGCAAAGUAGCAAAUGUAGCAAUAAGGGGCCCAGGGCCGUAAAGGGACAGGGUCCUCAUGGCCGGGCCUCAGCCCUCUCCCCCGUCCCAGAUGAGGGCUCAGAGCCAGAGGCUGUCAGCUGUCCGAGGAGGGAGGCCCUGCGCCGCGCCAAGGGCUCCGGGUCUGUAUUCUGUGCCCACUCGACGCAUGAUCACAGACACGUCGGAAUGGCCUUCACAUAGUGCAUGUGGUUCUCGUUAGUUUAUUUUUCUGGAAUUUGGGGAUUGGACUCCAGAACCAAACAUGCUGGUACCAUCUAAAAAUAAAUGACUUGAACCCAC